UGGGGACUAAAAGGAGGGGCAAAAAGCAGCGGGUUUUACGGUGCAAGGACGAAUAAGAUAAAGCUGUGCACGACACGUGGCUGAUUCAAGACCGUCGGAUGGAGGAGGUGGGGCAACGGUGAGACGGGACGGGUAAGGGACCAAUGGGGAUAGAUUUUCAGUUACACCCCUCGCCAUCAUCAUCGCUCCGCAGCAUCGAUGAGAGGGAGGAGGGGGCGAAGGGGAGAGUGUAGAGAGAGAAAGUGAGAAAUGUAGAGAGAGAGAGUGUCUGCAUUUGGGAGUGGCGGGAGGCCUGGCAGGAGCGGCUUAAAUUGAGGUUGCAGCGGCUUGCUGUUAGUAUGGCGGCGCUGCAGGCAGGCCUGUAAUUCCAUGCUUUAAAUGCCCGACGAAGACACGAGAAAAGAGACGACGGGUGGCGAUCAUAUGCAGGAGGAGAGUUAUAAAAGAGGAAACAAAACCCAAGAGAGAGACAGCAAAACCCACCACGCCAGAGAGACAGAGAGCUUAGAGAGAGAAAGAGCGGUUAGAGCGAUAUUGUAGAGAGAGAUGCAAAAGAGUUGCAGAGAGGACAGGUAGAGAGAGAAAGUGGGGACGGAAAGAUAGGAAUUGCGAGGGUAGGACGAGAGUAGGCAGAUCAGUAAGGGGGUUAGAGAGAGAAAGCAAUUGCAGAAAAACGGCGAAGAGGACCGAGGGACGUUGGGGGCUGAGAGUGAGAGCCGGCCAAUAGAAGGUGGAGAGCUUCACAAUAAUUGGGGAGCCCUAGACACUGUAGUCGCGGAGAGAUGAGAAAGAGGAUGUAGAGUGAGAAAGAGGAGAUAUUCGAAGAAAUUGUGGACUCAGGAGGGCGGAGGAGAAGAGGAGAGGAGGAGGGAGAAAGAAUCGAAGCCGCCACCGCCGCUUCUCACUACCAUAAUAGCACCAUUCUCGGCUGCAUUUCUCCCUUCCUCUCUCCUCCUCUUCCUCACAUUAGACAUAGAGAAACCCUUCUCGGCACCCCUUAUGGCUUCCCCCUCACAAUUGAUGGCCACAACCCUCACCACCGCUUCGCUCUUCUAGUCCCCGACAACUCCCAACAGCCCCAACAUCAUAACCCAACCCAUGAGGAGCCAACCCCUUUCAAGCCCCUCGAUCUAUGGCACACCGAGCCCAGCUCCUCGAACCCAGCCAUGCUAGGCUCAGGCCAAGGCUCGGAGGGCCGGCCCAGCAGUGGGCUGGUGCUCGGUGGUGGCAACACCUGCCAGGACUGCGGGAACCAAGCGAAGAAGGACUGUGUGCACCAGCGGUGCCGCACGUGCUGCAAGAGCCGCGGCUUCGAAUGCCCUACCCAUAUUAAGAGCACUUGGGUGCCCGCCUCUCGCCGUCGGGAGCGGCAGCAGCAGCUCGCUGCCCUUCACCACCACCAGCAGCAACAGCUCGUGCUUCACGACAAGCCCAAGCGGGUACGCCAGGCCUCAAAUCUCGGCCCCGGGCUGCCAAGCGAGGUGCGGACUGGCGCUGUUUUCAGGUGCGUGCGCGUUAGCUCAGUCGAGGAGGGAGGUGAUGAAGAGGAGUACGCAUAUCAAACGGCCGUUGCUAUAGGGGGGAGAGUGUUCAAGGGGGUUCUUUAUGAUAGGGGUCCGGAUCCUGCAGCUUCAGGAUCGGGCGGUGGAGGUGGUGGUGCUUCUUCUUCUUCCCUUGGUGAAGGGGGCGGUGGUGGUGUCUCUUCCUCCAUGCUUGCCGCAUCGUUGCUCGAUCCGACUGCUAUGUUCAGCCACAAUCCUUAUCUUUCAGGGCUGCGUUAGAGAUGAAACUGGGGCCACCGUGUGAUGUCACUGGAUCAGGACUUCUGUUUUGGAGGGAGCCAAUGUGAUGAGGACUUCUGUUUUGUUGGGAUUUGGAGAUUGAAGAAAUGCAAUGGCUUUUCUGAUGUUCUUAACAGUGUUUGCAGAUAGCAUUCUAAUGUGUAUUUAACCCAUUAAAAUUGCUGGGCAUUGUUGAGAUUUGGCAACAUUCUUACCGGAUCUCCUUGGAUCUUAGUAUGUUUCAGAGGUUUUUGCAAUUUAAUGAAAGAAAUGCUUUAACCAUCUAUUAACCAAUCUGUUUGUACUCUUGAUUGAAUUGGCUUUUCACCUGCCAGAAGGUGAAACAUUGAGUCAUUACAUAAUAUCACAUAUUUAUAGAGAAUCUCUAUUAGGGGCCAUAAUGACGCAACUGCAAGAGCCAGGUUCUACAACAAACAGUUCCCAGAAUUCCAAUAAACAUAUCUCACUUUGUCUCUCUUACAACAGCAGGAAACAACCCUAAACACUCAAAGAAGCCUUGUGAUCUAUUUAAUGAAAACUCAUGCAGCCCCAUCUGUUACUCUUGAUUUCAUUCAAGAUUUCACCAAGUCAGAAGGCAAAACAAUUGAAAUUUGUUGAAACAGAGGAGCCAAAGGAAUAAUAAACAGAGUCCGCUACAGAUCAUAUAACAUUGUAGCACAGGUCUUUCAAAAGAAUUCAAGCAAUAACCAGAAUAAAAUUGAAGGCCCAUCUCUAUCUGUGGAAUGCAAUAAAGCAGGCAACUGGUAUACAAGCCCUCAAAAACAAAAUGCCCCAACAUAAUGGUAUAAAUUAAGAGAGAGAGAGAGAGAGAGAGAGAGAGAGAGAGAGAUCAUUCACAUCCCCAUUACAUUA